CUUGAGUUGUGUCCGAUGCAAACAGACCUGAACGUACACCAUGGGAAGUCUGAGCCUUCUCGUUGCGACGAUUUUCCUGAUCGAGGUUCAUGCCGGAAUUCCGGUAAUGACUAGAGUCAUGAACGAUGAGAACAAAGCAUCAGUUCAGAAUCAGAUUGCAGUUCCUCAGGACGAGUGGACGAAGUUGGAAGUCGGUUCCGAGGCUACGACGGCUCCAGACAAAGCUUCGGCAGCGUCUCAACACUUGGCAGCGCGGGAACCAGAAGUAACCCCAGGAGUAGGACCCGAAGCAGGAGCAGCACCAACACCAGCACUGGCGAAAACAGUGAGCAGGAGAAAAUCAUGGGGAAACAAGUUGAACUCAUUCAGGCUGACCAAAUCUCGGUCCAAAUCAUCACGCUCCGACAGCCCAUCACGCUCCGACACCUCAUCACGCGCUGGCAGCCCGGCUCGCUCUGACAGCAGCCUAUCACGCGCUAGGAGCUCCGCGGGUUCCGAAUCCGGCUACACUUCGGACGGCUCCAACGGACGGGCAAGACUGCAGAGGAGUCAUGCCUUCCGCGAGGGAGGUUCGAGCAGCUCUCUGGGUCGGAGUAAGAGGUACAACAGUUUCCAUUUGGAUGGUGUUAUGUCACCGACUCGAGAGGGACAACGACGCUCGCCGCCACGCCGCCGCAACUCGUCGAAAUCGCAGAGCGGUUAACGUGGUACCCCCUUGACAGACACCACCUGCAGGCCGUUAUUAUUUUUUUUUUUUCAUUCAUUCUUUAUUGCAAAAAAGGAUUCACAAAAGGAGGGUACUAAGGCCCCUUGGCAUACAUCCCCCAGCAAAUUCAAGUUUACAAAUAGUUCAGCACGCCGAUAAUUGAAAUUGAUAGACAAAGCGAUAGACAAAGAAGACGAAAAGGGUA